AGAUUUUCCUUUUAAACCACCCCUUUCUGUUUUUCCGUUUUUCAUUUCUUUCUGACUCUAAAUCUGCGUUCCGUACUCAGAAAAUGGGCAGAGCAACAAGGUGGUUGAAAGGGCUAUUUGGGUUAAAAACCAAAGAAGCUUCUAAUUCCGGCGACCGUCAUAACGUCAGUAAACAAGGGCAAGACUCAGCCAGGUUGUGUCACAACCCCACCACAAUCCCACCCAACAUUUCCCCUGCAGAGGCAGCCUGGCUGAGGUCAUGCUACAAUGAAACAGAGAAAGAACAGAGCAAGCACGCAAUUGCGGUGGCAGCAGCCACAGCUGCCGCUGCCGACGCGGCAGUCGCAGCCGUUCAUGCGGCUGUGGCGCUGGUGAGACUGAGAAGCCACGGAAGAGGCACCACUUUUGGUGAGGGACGCGAACAGUGGGCCGCCGUCAGGAUUCAAACCCUUUUUAGAGGUUACUUGGCCAGGAAAGCACUACGAGCUCUUAAAGGACUUGUGAAGUUGCAAGCACAUGUUCGAGGAUAUUUGGUCCGGAAACAGGCAACUUCUACUCUCCACAGUAUGCAGGCCCUGAUAAGAGCACAAACCACUGUUCUGUUGCAGAGAGUUUGUUCUCAGAAUGAAAAAUUCAUGGAGAGGUCUGAUGAUACCAGAACUGAGCCUAAAGUUUCUAUUCAUAGUAGAAGAUUGUGGGGCUCUUUCGACAAUGUCAUGAGCAAUUUUGAUGAAAAUCCCAGAAUCGUGGAAGUGGACACCGGCCGGCCAAAGCCAAGGUAUCGCCGGACGAAAACCUCUGUUUUGGAUUUCUCCGAUGAACCACCUUAUCAGACAUUUUCUUCGCCGGUUUCGACCCGGGACCCGGUUCGAUUGGCGAUACCCGACAGUCGUUACUUGCAAGACACCGACUGGGGAUUAAGGGCCGCAGAAUGCAGGUUCUCCACCGCGCACGGUACUCCCAGGUUGGCUGAUUCUAUCGGGUCGAACGCUCUUAUGACGCCCUCAAAGAGCGUGUGUGCGGAUAAGCCCCGGCAGUCUGUGAAUUCUCCUAAUUACAUGGCGAAUACCCAGUCUUCCAAAGCGAAAUUGAGGUCCCAAAGCGAACCGAAGCAGCGGCCGGAUCCGGUGGGGCCGAAGAAGCUCCUUUCCCUGAAUGAGAUGGUGGAAUUCAGGAGUCGUUUAAGCGGGGUCAAAAUGCAGAGAUCCUGCGAGCAGGUUAGUAUCAAGGAUGCGGUGAUGGGGAAGCUUAAUCGGUCGUCGGAACUCUACCGGGAAUCGGGGAAAUACUGGGGGCAGAGGAGGUAGUGAUUCAUGGCCUCAUCGUUGAGAGAGUAGACAGGGGUUUUGUGUAAGAAUCACAUUGCAAUUCUGAUUCAAGAUUCGGUGUUAAGAACUCUUUGGAAUAAAUGAAAUGAAAAGUU